GUCAGCGAUCUGCAUUGAGCAGGUACAGCCGAACCGUCACCUGGAUACGGGAAGCACACAUCGUCCGCUAUACAAGGAUAUAUCUGGCGUUAUUGUCAUCAAAUCCAAAGAACACAUGGUCGUUCUCUUUUUUCGUAAUGCUUGAAGAGUAUUAGCUAGCCAGUCAAGCAGAGGGUCCCUCACAUCCCACCUGCAGUCAUGAAUGGUGGUUUUAACAUUUGGGCUAUAACUCCAGAAGAGAGAGGGAAACAUGACAAACAGUUUGACUCUCUGGCCCCAACUCUGGGCCAUCUGUCAGGAGAUCAAGCACGAAUGUUUUUUCUGCAAUCUGGCCUUCCUACAGCAGUCCUGGCUGACAUCUGGGCACUGGCAGACAUGGGGAAGGAUGGGAAGAUGGACAGAUUGGAAUUCUCCAUCGCAAUGAAACUAAUUAAACUGAAGUUGCAGGGUCAGCCCCUCCCCUGCGGUCUGCCAAUCGUCAUGAAGCAGACACCUACCCCCAUUAUGACAUCAUCACGCUUUGGAAUGGGCUCAAUGCCAAAUCUCUCUGCCAUGUCAGUGAUGCCCAUUAUAACACCCAUGCCAGCAGGCCCUGCUGUGUCCCCUUUGGUCCCUGCGCCCACCCUGGUGUCAGGGGUCCUGCCUCAGAUCCCCAACUCUUUCAGCGUGCCAGCCUUACCCAAUGGCAAUGCAACUCUCCUUACACUAACACCAGCAUUCCCAGUUUCCUGUGGUUUGAGCAAAUCGAACUCGAUGUUGGACCUUGGCUCUAGCAGUUCUAACUCUUCUUCCACCACCUCCCUUGCGAGUAACUCCCCUAAAAUGGGUGCAUCUGACUGGGCAGUACCUCAGUCAUCCCGUCUGAAAUACCGCCAGCAGUUCAACAGCCUAGACAAGCUGAUGAGUGGAUACUUGUCAGGUCCCCAGGUCAGAAAUGCCCUCACAGCCUCAAACCUCACACAGACACAGCUUGCCACCAUAUGGACUCUUGCUGAUGUAGACCGUGACGGGCGGUUAAGAGCAGAAGAGUUUAUUCUAGCAAUGCACCUGGUUGACAUUGCCAAGACUGGCCAUCCCUUACCUCUAACUCUACCUCCUGACCUGGUGCCCCCCUCACUCAGAACAGGGAAGUCAUGUGACCUGCUGAACGGACCUGUUCUUUUGAUCAACACUGAGCUGAUUGAGCCAGAACAGCCACAGAAAAGCAAAACCAAUGUGUCAUUUGAGGACAGACUGAAGGAGAAUUUUCAGAAAGGAAGUCAAGAACUGGAAAAACGCCGACUGGCUUUGCAGGAGGAACAGAAGAGAGAGGAGGAGAGACUGAGAGAGGAAGAGCUGAGAGAGGAGGAGAGGAGACAACAGAAAGAGAGAGAGGAGAGAGAACGGAAGCAGAGAGAGGCCUGGGAGAUGGAGCUGAGGAGACAGAGGGAGGAGGAGAUGAGGAUAGAGAGGCAGAGAGAGCAGGAACGACAGAGAGAGGAAGAAAGACUGAAAGAAUUAGAACGACAAGAGGCAACGGAACGGCAGAGGCGGAUAGAAUGGGAGAGAAGUAAAAGAGUGGAGCUUCAGAUACAGAGAGAAAAAGAGCAGAGUGACAUACAGAAACUGAAGGACAAGAAGAGGAGCCUAGAAAUGGAACUGGAGGCUGUGGGUAACAAGCAUAAGCAGAUCUCUGAUCAUCUCCGGAAUGCCAAGAGUAAGAGGCAGGUCCAGAGGGCUGAGCUAGACUUGAUCAAUCAGAAGAGAGACAGUCGUGUUGUGGAUAUCAACUCUCAACAGUUAAAGAUUGAUGAAAUUCAGAGGGAGAUGAGUCAUUUUGGUCCAGAAAAGCAGAGACUGACAGACAGACUGCUAAACCUCACCCAGAACAACACCAGCCCUUUGAUUAAUAAUGUGAAACAGAGUGUGUGUGAGAAAGAUCUGAGCUGUCGGAAGCUGAAGGAGCAGUUGGAUGCUUUGGAGAGAGAGACCACAGCUAAACUCUCACAGAUGGAACAGUACAACAGAGAAAUCAAGUUUGUGGAAAUGGAUGACUGUGUACUUCAAGGACUUCUCUCUUUGCUGGGCUGCUUAACCAAUCUCUUCCUUCUAAUAAAGGAGUUGAGACAGAGGCAAAGCCAGCAGCAGGAUGUCCUACAGCAGCUGAGAAAAGUGAGAUCAGAGAAACUGAAAGAGCUACAGAGACACAGGAAAGAGGAGGAGGAGAAGAAGAGGAAAGAAGAGGAGGAGGCUGCUAGACAGGCAAAGCUGGAGCAAGAGUGUCUGGAGCAGGAGGAGGCAGAGCGUCAGAGAAAAUUUGUCCAGGAACAAGAGGCCAAACUCAGGGAGGAACAGCAGCGGCAGGCCCAAGCCCGAAUUCAGGAGGCCCAGGAGCUGGCACGCAAGAAAGAGGAAAAGAGAAAAGCAGAGGAGAGAGAGAGGGACAAGAAAGAGAGAGAGGAGAGAGAAAGGAAUGAAUUGGCGAUACACAUUCAGUCCUCCAUGUCAUACAAUAGCAGAGAGAACAAAAGUUUUCUGCCAGUGGUAACCACUGAAGAUAUAUCUACUUUCCUCACCACCUACAGAGCUCUCUAUCCUUUCACAGCACGCAACUCUGACGAACUCUCACUGGAGGCAGACUGUUUAAUUGAGGUAAAUGAAUCAACAGUUAGGGAGACUGGCUGGCUGUAUGGGAGUUACCGUGGUAACAGCGGCUGGUUUCCAGAGAGUUAUGCUGAGAGAUGCAGCAAAGACUGUCAGACUGAACUGACUGCAGCUGUUACGCACUCCACAUUGUCCUCUACCAACUACCCUGGAAUUCCUCGGGUGGACAUAGAAGGACCAACACCAACACACACACCAAUGUCUACAAACACACAACACUCACAGGCUGUAGCUCUGUGUGAAUGGAGUGCUAAGACUGACAGUCACCUGGGCUUCUCUAAAGAUGAUGUCAUUACAGUUCUAGAGAAGGAAGAGCACUGGUGGUAUGGAGAAAUUAACGAGAGUCUGGGCUGGUUCCCUAAUACAUAUGUGUCCAUGGUAACCACCAAUAACACACAGACUGAACCCUUGUAUUCUACUGUUGAUGAGAUUAAACUUUCAGAUUCUGGUCUGCUUGAGGAGUAUGUGGCUCUGUACACAUAUGAGAGUCCGGAGUCUGGUGACCUGACCUUCUGUGCGGAGGAUGUUGUCCUGGUAACAGAAAGGGAAGGAGAAUGGUGGAGAGGGUGCACCGGUGACCAGUCUGGCCUCUUUCCUUCCAACUACGUUAAACCCAUAGAUCCUGAUACUGCCAAAGCUGGAGUUCUUUGCAAAAAACCAGAGAUUGCCCAGGUCACCACGGUCAAUGUUGCAACAACACCAGAGCAGCUGAGUCUCACGCCUGGUCAACUAAUUGUCGUGCUGCAUAAGAACUCAAACAGCUGGUGGCUGGGAGAACUACAGGCACGGGGUAAGAAGCGUAAAAAGGGCUGGUUCCACUCAUCAAAUGUCAGACUCCUGGAGGCCAACAGCGGCAAAAUAACUCCUGCACCUCAAGCAUUAGUGUGCCAGGUCAUUGCAAUGUAUGACUACAAAGCAGCAAAUGAGGAUGAAAUGAGCUUCCAAAAAGGUCAGCUGAUCACCGUCCACAACAAGGAUAACCCUGACUGGUGGAAAGGAGAGGUCGGUGGGGUCGUAGGGCUGUUUCCAACGAAUUAUGUGAAGAUGACAACAGAAUGCGAUCCCAGUCAGCAAUGGUGUGCUGAUCUGUUAAGUUUAGAGUCUAUGUGCAUUGAGGAGAGGAAGAGGCAAGGUUACAUCCAUGAGCUCAUUCAAACAGAGGAGUCCUACCUGGAGGAUCUGGAGCUUGCAUUGGAGGUGUUCUAUAAGCCAAUGGCAGAAUCAGGGCGGUUGACAGAAGCUGAGAUGGGCAUGAUCUUUGUGAACUGGCAGGAACUGAUAAUGUGUAGCACCAAAUUCCUGAAAGCUUUGCGUGUUCGAAAGAAGAUGGCUGGAGAGCGUAUGCCAGUGCAGGUAGUGGGUGAUAUCCUGUCCUCUGAGCUCUCUCAUAUGCAGGCAUACAUUCGCUUCUGCAGCUGCCAGCUUAAUGCUGCAGCCAUGCUACAACAGAAAACAGACAAAUCACCUGAUUUCAAACUCUUUCUAAAGAAAAUAGCCAGUAAUUACCGCUGUAAAGGAAUGCCACUGUCAAGCUUCCUCCUCAAACCCAUGCAGAGGGUCACACGCUACCCACUACUUAUCAAGAACAUUCUGGAGAAUACCCCUGUGAGUCAUGCAGAUCAUGCAAACCUGCAGGCAGCGCUAGAGCAGGCUGAGGAGUUGUGCUCACAAGUGAAUGAGGGAGUGAGAGAGAAAGAAAACUCAGAUCGGCUGGAAUGGAUCCAAAACCAUGUGCAGUGUGAUGGAGUAAUUGAGCACCUUGUAUUUAACUCACUGACUAACUGCCUGGGCCCUCGAAAACUGCUGCACUGUGGCAAGCUGCAUAAGACCAAGAGCAGCAAGGAGCUGUGGGCCUUUCUGUUUAAUGAUUUCCUGCUCCUCACCUACACUUCCAAACAGUUCUCAUCUGGUGCAGACAAACUCUUCAACCCAAUCUCCACUGCACAGUACAAGAUGUAUAAAACGCCAGUGUUUCUGAAUGAGGUCUUGGUCAAAAUGCCCUCUGACCCAUCCAGUGAUGAUCCAGUUUUUCACAUCUCACACAUUGACCGUGUGUACACACUCAAGACUUACACCAUUAAUGAAAGGACCACAUGGGUACAGAAGAUCAAAGCAGCAUCUGACCACUUCAUAGAGACUGAGAAGUUAAAAAGAGAGAAGGCAUACCAAGCUCGGUCUCAGAAGAAUAGUGGAAUUGGGCGACUGUUAGUAACAGUCCUCGAGGCAACUGAGCUGAAGCCCUGCAAGCCAAAUGGCAAGAGUAACCCAUACUGUGAGCUAACUAUGGGUGCUCAGUGCUAUACUUCCCGCCAUCAGCCCGACACCCUCAACCCAAAAUGGAAUUUCAGCUGCCACUUCUUCAUCAAAGACCUUUAUCAGGACGUCCUCUGCCUCACCAUCUUUGAGAGGGACCAGUUCUCUCCAGACGAUUUUCUAGGUCGUACUGAAAUUCCUGUUGCAACUAUAAAGAAGGAUCAAGAUGGUAAGGGUCCGUUGGUACGACGUCUGCUUCUUCAUGAAGUUCCGACUGGAGAAGUCAAAGUGCGCCUUGACCUGCAGCUCUAUGAGCAAACACCUCAUCUGUGAACUCCACAUCUGUUUUACAAUAACUUACACUUAUUGCUAGAACAUUAAACAGCUCAUUUAAUAAAUGUGGUUUUAUUUAAUCUACAGGAUUAUGUCUAAAUUCUAUAUUGAGCACUUUAGAACUAUGUUUGGCUUUUUUAAUCUUGUUGUUCAGCUUAAGAUUUAACAGCAGACUCUUCAGACGUUCCUUUGUGUUAUCGUUGGAUGCCGACUUUGGACAAUUCAUUAAUUAAAAUAGUGUUAAUUUGCGAAAUUACAUGAGUGACAGCUCUACACUGUCUUGAUAUGAAUGUGAACCACUUUACAAACGUUUACAUGCUUUAACAUGCCAACAGCCUUGUAGUUUCAUGCUAUUUCCUCUUAUACAUGCUCAUGAUGUCAAACAAUGGCUAAUCUUGUUUAAUAACAUGAUGUUAGGAAAGGAACAGGCUGAUAUACCUUUUUUAAAUCUUUCCUUUUAAACAUUGAAUGAGUGCACUGAACAAGUUUCAGUCUCAGCACUAUUGCAAGGCAGUUUCCUUAAAGAAAUUAACAUUAUUUUUUUUUUUACUGGAGAAUCUCUCUUUUUUUGUUCUUUGGUCAAAAUCUGACCUGUCAAAUGUCUGGUUUUAAAGCCAAAGCCGCCAAAAUUGCAAAAUUUUUAGAAUAGAGCAGAGUUAGAGUAAUCUGUAUUACUAUAGCUAGAGUACUCUGAAUGUACUUAUACACUCACCGAGCACCUUUAAGAAAAACUAUGGUCUUAAUAAAGUGUCGAUGUGGUCUUCUACUGUUGUAGAUCCCAGAAGAUCAGAAUUUACAGAAAUACUCAAACCAGCCCAUCUGGCACCAACAAUCAUGCCACGGUCAAAAUAACUGAGAUUACAUUUUUUUCCCCCAAUCAGAAGGUUGAUAAACUGAAACUCCUGACCCAUAAUAAUUGCAUUAAUAGGUUAGUGCAGAGGUGCUCCUAAUAAAGUGCCUAGUGAAUGUAUAUUCUAUAGUAGCCAAGAACAAAUCUUGCAGAAAUGAAGUAAAAAUUAGACUUCUGGUUCUAAACAUGUUUAUAUAUUUAUAUGGAUAUAAGUUACAAUGCCUCCUGGUUGCAUUUAGUUUUAUUGCCAUCCUAUGAAUAAAUAGAUUUAAAAAUGCCACUGUUGCUGAAAUUAUGUUUACAACUGCCUGUACUCAGGAAGUGCCAAACAUGAAUUCAGUAGUUUGUACUAGACUCUAUGGAGCCAAGCAUACAUCCCGCCAUAAGCUGAAUCUAAGAGUGAUACUGUAUAUGAAUGCAGAUAUAGACUUGAUGACUUUUCAAUAUGUAUAGUAUUUAAUUAAUCAAUUUUAUUCAUAAUAGGACACAAGGCCUUUCUGAUAUACAGUUCAUUCAAUACACUAAACAAUUGUUUUAAAAGUGAUAUUCACAAUGUAAGGUCAGAGAAUAGAUCAUUUUUUUAAAUACUAAUACACACAAUGUUUUAAAAUCACUAAUAUCAUCUAAACAUAUGUGAUAGAACAUACAAAAUCGAAUUUCUUUAAUCUACUUUUUAAGUAACAUAUGCACAUUUAGGGACACUUUAUAGAAUCUUAAAGAAUGCAUAAUAUGGGUCUUAUAUGUUGCAUUUUGAUUUUUUUUAACAACUGUAUUGGGCUUGAAAUACUGACUGGAUCGAGAGAUUGUACAGUUACAUUUUGGGUUAUUCUUGCCAGAUGUCGAAAGUUUGUGUGUUUCUUUUUAAAUGCUGUUAUUAAUUUAAUGCAUUCUACUGUUAAAUAAUACUAUCACUGGAAUAUUGUAUGAUCUGUUUUGUAUGAGUACAAUCAUUCAUAUACACCAAAUAAAUUUUUUAUUAAAAAAUUUAUUUAAAAAAAAAAAAAAUGCUUCUUAACAUAUAAUUUUAAUAAUAAUAUUAAAAUAAUAUUUUUUAAGCAAUUUUUCUCAUAAAUCCAUUGACUUUUUAACU